AUGCCCUCCCCACAGCAAAAUUAUCCUGCAACUGCACCAGUCAGUAGCAAUUAUCAGAUGAAUAAUUAUAUGUAUGCACAACCUCCGCAUCAGUACAUGGUUCAACAGACGAUGCAUCAAUCGAUGGCUGCCAUGAGUCUUCCUAUGAACACGGUGCCAAUGCAAGUGUCUUCGGCCGCAAACCCUGUACCGAUGAAUGUCCCCGCAUCAGUAGCACCUUCAGCUCAAUUAACGAAUUCCAAUGCACCUAGCAUAACCAUGUCUCAACAAGCCUCUCCAGAUAUUGAUGGUUCCAUCAGUGGUGAUCUCCUGUCGCCUUCACUCAUAUCACCUUCACCAAAGAAGCCAAAACUUCGAGUUCAUAUUCCAGAAGUUAAAGAGAAACAACCUGCUCCCGGUGCAAAUCAGCAACCACAACCAACCCGGCAAGAUCAGUCCCCCGAACAAGAAGAGACUCCUUCGGACACUCAACCGGUUUCAACGCAGCCAAUGUUAUCCUCCCGUCCUACGCCGGCCACUGCGGAGGCUGGUCCGACCUCUGCUUUACCGUCACAGUUUGCACAAAACUUACCAUCACCAUCAACUUUCUUUUCAGAGUUCUACAAGACAACCGAACUACCUAGUCCCCUUACUUUCGGAAAUACACCUACUAGCGCCAAUCCUAUCGCCUUUCCGUGGCCCCCCCGUGCCACAAACGCAUAUCAACCAUCGCCAUUGGCAAAGCAACAUGAAAACAAUUCAAAUUACUCCAAAGGACGCUCUGCGCCAACGGACGGGGACGAGAGCGAUGAACCAGAUAAAAAAAAGGCAAAACAAUAG